AUGAAUCGAGAAGAAUUACUUGAAUUGGUGAAACAAAAAGAUGAUAUUGAAAAAGAAUUAAAUGAAUUAGCAGAUGAAUUGAAAACACAAAAUAAUGUUGGAAUGACAGAGGCACUUGUCGAUAAAGAAGGUUAUCCAAGAAAUGACAUUGAUCUUGUUCGAGUACGUCAUAUACGACAACGUGUAAUCUGUUUACAAAAUGAUCAUAAAGCAUUAAUGAAACAAAUUGAAGAUGGUCUCAUACAAAUACAUGAAAAUAAUGCUAACAAUCCUUCGAAUACUACUGUAUCAGCAACAACAACUGCUCCGAGCAAUACUAAUUUGCCAAAUAAAGAACCAUUUUUACGUGUUGAUAUUGUUAGUAAUCAUUCACCUGCCGAAACAGCUGGUCUUCAUGUAGGUGAUCUUGUUUGUCGUAUUGGUACGAUUCGUAAAGAUAAUUUUCGUACAAUGCAAGAUGUUGCAUCACUUGUAAACAAUAGUGAAAAUCGUUCAAUUACAUUACUUGUUCAACGUGCUAACACAAAUGAACAACAAACUGUAACAUUAAUACCUAAACAAUGGUUCGGAAAUGGUUUAUUAGGAUGUAAACUAACACCAUUGAGUUGA